AUGGCAAGUCAGCCUCUCAUGGUAGUGGGACACGGGAACAAGGUGCCCAGGGAAGUUGUGGGAUGUCUGAACCGUGGCGGUGUCCAAAGCCGGCACGAUGGGGGCUUGAGCAUCCUCUGGGAGCUUGAGCAUCCUCUGGGAGCUUGUGUCCCCACCCCUGGCCCAGGGGGUUGGGACCAGCGCAUCUUUAAGGUCCGUUCCCACCCCUUAGCGUUCCGUGGUGCUGCGACAACUCCGAUUCCCAGCCGUGCAGGGCGGGAGCCGAGAGCGGGGGCCGGGCCGGGCCGCUCCGCCCCGGGCAGCUCGGGCCAUGCGGGGCCCGGCGCUGCCGCUCGCCCGCCGCGCUGGGGCCGCCUUGGGGCUGGGCCGGGCCGGGCGGGACCCGGGGCAGGUGAGCCGGGGCUGGGGCUGGGGCUGGGGCUGGGAGCGGGGCUGUUGUGGCUGGAGCCGGGGGCUGAGGCUGGAGCCGGGGCCGGAAGCGCGUUCGGAGGCCCGGCCGCUUCCUGCGCGGGCCGUGCGAGCCCCCCCGUCCCGUUCGUGCUGCCCGUGUCCCUCCUCCAGAGCGCCGAGUGUCCCCUGGGGCUGUGCAGCUCCUGCGGGCAGCUGCUCCGGCCCCAUUGCCGUCCCCAUUGCCGGCCCCAUUGUUUCCCAGCCCGUCCCCGCCGUUCCUGCGCCGCCUGCGGAGCGAGCGCGCUGGGACCGGAACUAGAGGGUUUACUUUGGCUUUACUACUUUUCUUUUUUCUUCCUUUCCCCGAAGGUGGAAAAGAAGACGCAAGGGAAGCUGCAGAAGCGAAUCUGCCAGGUGGUUCUGGAGCACUUCGAGCAGCAGUACACGGCAGAGCUGGGGGAUGCGUGGAGCACUGUCAGAGAUGUGCUGACCUCUCCGUGGUGCUGGCAGCACGCCCUGCUGCUGAACAGGUUCAGCCAGAGCCCUGGCCUGGAGAGCAGCCUGGCUGAGCAGGGAUACCAGCCUGCCUUCCCAGCACCUCUGCCCUACCUCCCUGCAGCCUUCAGGUGCUACACCAGCACGGCUCCUGCCAGAUUCCCUGCACAGAAACACCAGCCUGGCAGGCUGAAGGAUUAUUACCUGCUCAAUGCUGCCUCGCUGCUGCCCGUGCUGGCCCUGGAGGUGGAGGAUGGAGAGGAUGUUCUGGAUCUCUGUGCUGCACCGGGGGGCAAAGCUGUAGCUAUCCUGCAGUGUGCCUGUCCAGGUCAUUUUCACUGUAAUGAAUAUGAUGAUUUGAGGUCAAGAUGGUUGGAGCAGACAAUAGAAUCCUUUAUCCCAGAUCCUUGGAUUAACUUGCUAAGGUUCUCUAAACUGGAUGGUAGACAGAUUGGAGAUCUUCAGCCUGAAUUUUAUGACAAGGUACUGGUUGAUGCUCCUUGUUCAAAUGACAGAAGUUGGCUCUUCUCUGCUGACCCUCAGCAAGCUGUGCUCAGGCUCAUGCAAAGGAAGGAGUUGUCUUCCCUGCAGUUCCAGCUUCUGAGGUCUGCUCUUAAAGCCCUGCGUCCCGGUGGGUCCUUGGUCUAUUCCACGUGCACCCUCUCCAAGGCAGAAAACAGUGAUGUGAUCAGUCUCACCCUGAACUCCUGCAGCAACGUGAUGCCCGUGGAUAUAAGUGGUCUGGCCAGAGGUGUUUCCCAGGAGUUCACUUUGCUCAGUGGAAUGCAGCAGCACGAGCUGCUGGUUCUCCCAGAGAAGGGGAGACCGUGGGGGCCCAUGUACGUGGCUAAACUGAAGAAAGUGUCCUCCACCUGAUGCCUGUUUAUAAGCAGUCCUUGAUAAAUUAAUUUUAAGUACAGUAUGUGUUUAUGAACACAUUGGAGGCAACUGAAUUUAGGGUGUUGAAGUUUCCUGAUCAAAAGGAAGCAAGAAAUUUAACUUAUUUUAACUGAAAAAACUGAAUGUGCCUUCCAGCGUGGGCUUGUGGACCUCUGAGAAGUCCUUAGGAAGCAAAGGGAGCUUUGUAUUGUUUUCAGGAUGGUGCUUUUAAAGGGAUUUGGAUUGUAAUGUGGUAGAGGUUUACACUGGUUUUGGUUUUUUUAAUUUACUUACUUGGUUCUAAUGCAGUAUAUUUUUAAAUAAAUGGUUUUCAGUGGUCUGAAGUCACGGAAAUCCUGCAUUUUCUCUAAAGACAUCUAAAAAUCUGUGUUUCUGCAAGAACUGAUUUGUAUGUACAGUGUCAUCUUCAAGCACUGGCAGAGCAGGUUUCAUGUUUGCUAAGUUGUUUACUUAAAAAAAA